CUAAUUAGCAAACUGCAAAAUUAAUUAAAGUACACUCUAAAUACCAAGUUCAUUUAUACAUAUGUCAGAUAACAAUAUCCGGCGAAGAUUUCCGGUGAGCCGGAGAACUUCCAGCAGAGCACUAAAACCGUCGCCGUCGGGUAGUCGGAGGUAUACGCCUGUGCCGGUGAAUCGCCGGUCAUCGAAGCAGCACAGGGAUACUAAUUAUAAGGCAUUAGAGAGAAGCAAAUCGGAGCCUUGUGUUUUGAAAAUUGGAUUUGUUGACUUUGAAGAUGAUGAUCGCCGGGAUGCGAUGGCGCAGUCGUUGGAAAUACUUUUCCGGCCACAAACUUGUUCGGAUUUAUUCGUGUCGCCGGAUUAUCUGAUUUCUGGAUCUCCGCCGAGUUUUCAGGGGUAUAAGAAGGAUGCAAAAGUUGUGGUUAAUGUGACAGUUGAAGGAAGUCCAGGGGCAGUAAGAACAAUGGUGAAGUUGGGAUCAAGUGUUGAUGAGACAAUAAGGCUUGUGAUUGACAAAUAUAGUGAAGAAGGCCGGACUCCUCGUCUUGAUAAAAACAGAGCUCAUUCAUCUUUUCAAUUGUACCAAUCUCACUUCAGUCUUCAAAGCUUGAGCAACACAGAUGUGAUUGGAGAUGUUGGGAGCAGAAGUUUUUAUCUUCGAAAGAGUAAUAGUAAUGGAAGUAAUCAAGAAAUAACUACAGAUCAGAUUGCUCCUGUUAAGGCAAAUGCCCAAUCACUCAUUGUCUUCGAUGGAUUCUUUGGUCGCAAGAUAAAUAAAAUCAUUAGAAGAACAUGUAGGCUGUGGAAAUUUCUUGGUUGCAUGCAAUGACACAACAUGACUCGUAACAAAGGUGAACUCAGAAUUUUACUUAUUAUACGAUAGAGUAGCAUGAGUAUUUGAUUUGCUACUCGAUCAACAUAUUAUACGAUAUGUUGCAUGGUGAUAUUAUCCUUCCAUGUUAUUUUUAUUAUCAUCCAAACAGUAAUGGAUCACUGUAAGAUCCAUUCAUUUAUAAAGCAAAAUAUUGUAUA